CAGUAGCUCUCCAGACUGGCGUAAAUGUGAUAUGGUUGCUAUGGUGAUUGCUAGCUGUCCACUCCAGGCCAAUUCUAUGGAUGAAUAUUAUCAACACAUAUCCCCACAGGUUAUGAGGUUAUUACAUUCAAAGCAUGAACAGAUUUCUAAACAGUUUGUUAGAGCUGCAUCAAGUACUGUGAGGGCCAUGUUAAAGCGUAACACUAAUCUUGCUAAAACUUACUUCCUGAAUGUCUUGAUGGCUCCAUUACUAAGAGUCACUGAAUCCUCAGAGGAUCAGCCUGGUGAAGUCAUCUGUGAUGAAGACUCCCUUACAAAAUGUAUAGAAGACAUCCAUAAGGUUUACGUUGUUGGGUCAGAUCCUCAAAGCUYUUUUCUUCUGUCUCUACAUACUGUCAUACAUCCAAUUUUUGAACUGUUUUGCUUAACAAGAAAAGGGGUUUCUCAUUUAAGGUCGUUUUGUCAAGAAAUACUUGUUCGUUAUCUAAAGCAUAUAGAUAGUGGGUUGGCUUUAAAAACUCUUUAUAUUCUGGCUUAUGGCGAGCACCCCCCUGACAAACUACUUGACCACCCCCAUGGAGAACCGUCUGAGGCUGUUAUAAAGGGGGAAGCAUCGGGCUCUUCAACGAAACAGCAUGAAUCAGCCUCAUCCAGUAAUAAUAAUCAAAGAAUAAAUGAAAAUACCACCAAGCCUUCUACUCCAAUCAAAAACGAGCAUUCUAAUCCCUAUGGCAACCAUCUGCCAACGUUAAUGAGGCAGGAAUACUCAUAUUUUCAUGGUGACAGUGGUGGCAUUGUCGUCAAGCUAUGCCAUGAUGUAACACCGUCGUUCGAUGACGUCAUGGAGAGGUUGACAGGUGGUGAUGACGUCAUGAUGCAUGAGGCUCGAGCGUCGUGUUUGGUGGAGUUGUUGGUUGGGAUUAAGAACGAUGUGUUAGCUGGGGAGUUUUUUUUACACUUGAUGUCAAAGCUUACUGGAAUUGUUGGUAAUGGCGAUGAGACAUCAGUCACAGAGGAGAUAGCUGACCUUCAAGUCUACGAYAGACAAGCAGACGUCAAUCAAAAGAGUCUCGUGACYCUUCAACUAGUUGCUGUCAUGUGUGAUAAGCUUGGACCGUCAAUUCUUCAAAAYGGUUGCCAUAUGCUUGCUUUCAUCAAAUSUACACUACAGCGAGGCUGCAUUUCAUCUGAUUCUGAGCCUCUGGAAGAAGCUUUGGCCUCAGAGACGUUAACUAUGGCUUUUGGGAUGUUGUCAGCUAUUUUGGGUGGUGCAACAAAGGCGCUWUYUGUUAGUAUUUAG